AUGAAUCUUUUAGGAUUAAUUUUAAUUACAAUUCAAUUAAUUAAUAUUAUUUAUUCAGAAAAUGUAAUAAAAAGUAAUAAAUCAACAUUAAAGUUAGUUCAUGUGAUUUUUAGACAUGGUGAUCGAACACCAACACAAAAUGAACGCUAUCCGACAGAUCCACAAUUGAAUAAUACUUAUCACCCGUUUGGUGUUGGACAAUUAACUACAGCAGGCAAAAAACAUUCGUUUACCUUAGGAAAACAAUUCCGAAAUCGUUACGAUGCAUUCUUGGGCAGUGAAUAUUAUUACGGAUUGAUUAACUCCACAGCGACAAGUGUAGAACGUACGCAGGCGACUUUACAAUGUGUUCAUGCUGGUUUAUUUCCAUACAUAACUGAAAAUGAAGAUGAAGAUGAUUCUCAUGUGUUUUGGCAGCCGAUUCCAUAUGAGAUCCUUCCACCAAGAACAGAUACUUUGUUGUUAAUUGAACAAGCUUAUCCAACAAUGAAUCAUUUACCAAAGGAGGCAAGGGUUUCACGCAAAACUCAUUUACUUUACGAUUAUGUUUCUUAUUGGACUGGAAUAGACAGGAAAACCAUGGGAUUGACCGAUGUAUCGAAUAUUUAUGAUACAAUUUUAGUUAAGAAUCAAUUGGGCUAUCCUAUUCCAGCGUGGGCAGAAGUGGUUUAUCCAGAGCCAUUACGAACUGAAUCAUUGAAAUCAUUUAUUGCUUUGCAAAGAUACAAGUUACCAAUGGUCAUAGGUCAUCUAAUUGAAAGAAUCAAUGCGCAGAAUCAUCAAAAGGUACAGGCGACUUUAAAGCCGUCCACAAUGAAGAUGUAUUUGUACUCCUGUCACGAUACAAACAUUGCAGCCUUACUUGGGAUUAUGCAGUAUGAACUGGUUCAUACGAUUAAAUAUAAUGCGCAUAUAUUUAUUGAAUUGCAUGAGAUUGAUGAAGAGUACUUUGUUAAAAUCUUUUAUAAGAAUGGAAUUAAUGGGGUGUUGGAACGUUUGAAGCUGAGAAACUGCGAUUAUUUGUGUCCUCUAGAGAAAUUCACUGCCUUGACGGAAUGGUUAUAUAUACCAACAGCACAUCGUGAGCAUAAGGAGGAAACUAUUUGGGAAUUAUAA